ACAUCGCCAGAUCUCGUCUCUUCUCGCGUUGUUUGAGAAUGGAACUCGUUUGGUGCAAACCAACUACUUUCCUUCUGUUCUGUGAGCCGGUCAGCACAUCGGCUCCCUGUGUUUGUGGUUGCAUUGUCUUCACGAAUAGAAGCCUGGGCAUUGCCAGUAAUCCGUCCGCUCGGUUGGUUAAGGGCACAUAAAAGGACAUUUCUCUGUGAUUACCCCUUUCCUGUGUGGGGUAGUAGGACUGACCGAGUCGUAUAAGUCAGACCGGCAAACCCCCGGCUGACGUAGACUUGGGGUGUUGUUUCUGCAGGGGAAGUGAACAACUUAAACAACUUUUAGACAGUGUCUUACUGUUGUUUUAUAUAUAUAUAUAUAGGGCAUUAAGGCUUGCGAAUAACUCCAACGUCACAGGGGCCACAGUUAGAUGUAGACACACUAGUCUUCUGACAAAAGUAUUUGUCCAGACGACGCGCUAGCAAAGUCGCCUUUUCUCUAAAGAGGCACACAAAGGAAAUACGGUCGACUUGAAACUAUUAACGUAAACUUCAGUUAACGAUCGAGGGAUAUAAGUAUUAUCUCCUAGUAGCUAUCAGCACAGACGGUGUACCACGCUCUGGUGUAGCCUGCAGCCAGUGCAGCGGCUCACGUCUGGCCCGCGGCUCUUCAGCCUGAAUAGCUGCUGAAUUAGUCCAACUGCGUUGCUAAGCCGCUGAGCUCUGGUUUGUCACGUUAGCUCACCUACAGACCUGCCAGUGUUGGUCAUGCCUGUGGGUAGAGGUGUGCACAGAGACUCGUGUAUUGUAAUUGAAACAAGGCAGCUAGCAAACUAGCUCGCUAGCUAGCGGUUAGCAUAGCGCUCCUUAGCGAAGCUACUCGGCUAGCUGCUAGCUAACAUUGUGUCCCGCGGUGGUGUGUGGUGUCUGGAGAGGGCAGGCAACCUUUAUUGUUAUGUUUCAACCCUUCACUCCAGUUGCAGCGUUUCCUGUAUUUGACUUGAAUGUAACGUUGGCCGACUACCAUAGAAGGCGGUCUUUUGGUCUAUAAACAGUCAAGACACCGUGAGGCUUUGAAGGAGCGUUAAGUUAAGUUAGCAUUCAGCUGACAGGCUAGCUGCUGAGCUGAGCUGGAGCUCAUGUUGCACGGCUAACGAUCUUUCUCCGUGACUUAACAAUGGCAACCGCAACAGGCGAGGCCCUGUUUUUAUUAAAGGACGUGAAGCCUGGCUCGAAAAAUCUGAAUAUCGUAUUCAUCGUGUUGGAAAUAGGGAGAGUAACCAAAACGAAAGAUGGGCAUGAGGUGCGCUCCUGUAAAGUGGCAGACAAGAGCGGGAGCAUUGCCAUCUCUGUCUGGGACGAGCUUGGCAGCCUUAUUCAACCAGGGGACAUCAUCAAACUGACCCGAGGCUAUGCAUCCAUAUGGAAAGGCUGUCUGACCUUAUACACUGGAAGAGGAGGGGAUCUACAGAAGAUUGGAGAGUUCUGCAUGGUGUAUUCAGAAGUGCCCAACUUCAGUGAACCAAACCCAGAGCUGCUAACCCAAACAAACCAGCAAAACAAGUCUGGUAAACCGGACCAGAAUCAGAGGGGAAACUCUCCACCCAAUCAGAAUUCAGGUACACCUGCACCACCAGGUAAUGGUGCCAUGCCGCCGUUUGCCAACAACAACAACAACCCACCUACCGGUGCAACCCGUGAAACUGGGUACGGGAGCAUUGGGCGACCCAACGGUCGGUCACCUGGCAACGGAGCGCCUCCAGUUGCUGCUGCAGGACCCCCAACAACCGCAAAGUCGUCAGUUACCAUUAGCAACGGCAGGGACCCACGGCGUGCCAAAAGAUGAAAUUGGGGUUUGGGGGGAAAUUGUGUGGGAAAACUAAGGACAUCCCCAUUUCCCCCUGUCCCUUUUUUAAACAUUUCUGCCCGUUCCCAUCACAGCCUAUAUUGGCAUUCAAUAUUAUGAAUUAAAUGAGGGACUGCUUGCAUCAUUUUUAUACAUGCUAACAUGGUCAAAUGUGUCGUUCGUCAUGCGUCGUGCUCUCAGUAAGCAGCACAGUGUGAUUUGUGAUUUACCACUUGUUGCGCCAGCAGAUCUUCUUAUAUAGUCGAGUCUCGGGGGUUGAGACUUGGUCAGCCUUCACAGGCUACACCCCUUUCUUCUAAAUCUCACAGCAAGUUGCCAGCUCUGUGCCAGUGUCUCCUCCCUCAUACACUGUCCUAAACCCCCUUACCUGUUCUUUAAAGCUAUACACCCUACUUGAACACUUGAUGCACUUUUCUUCGCUUUAAUUUAUGUUGGGGUGAACUUGGCUGUCAUUUCAGUCAGGAAAUGCGUUCCUGUUUUUUCAGCAUUUAAGGCCUUAAGUUGGUGAGAAUGAGUUCUUGGACUGAACGCACGAGGACUUCUCCCUCAUAACCGAACUGUAUCCUAAAGUGAAUCUGUGAAAGGCAAGGUGUUAGUUUAGAAUUUUUAUUGAUGGGUGGGUAAAUUGAUAUUGAACGGUUUUUCUUUUGUUUUUGUUUUCCAUCAGUUGUACUUUGAUCAAAGUUUGGACACUUAAAUAAUGGCAAAAUGUUUCACAGAAUAAAUUUUACAGUAAUUCUGCUGCCACAUGUCUGUUUGACAGAAACACAAGUUACUGUUAAAAUCAAAUACACAGUUUGUCAAGUUGGUUGUACUGCACUUCAGAACAUACAACUUACUGGUAAUAUGGCUCUAACAAAACAAUUGUGACUUAACAUUCAAGGACAUUGAGUAAAGAUUUAUUUUUUUCCAUUUCGCUUUGUUUAAACCUUUUCUGGAGAUCUACAGUUUGCCACAAGUAUGAACGGUACCAGAGUCAAACCCCAACACAAGAACACUACGAAGCCCUCCAAGUGACCAUGUUUUAAUCUGAGACAGCCACCUUAAGAGUGCCAUACAACCACUACCCAAACAAACAAGCCUCCCAUCAAUUUCUAUAUGAUGUUUUGAUUCUUUAGCACCAUCUAGUGCCCACAUAAAUAAACUACAUGUGUUCGAUUUGAGGAUGCUCCAAAAUAUGAGCCGUAUCUGAUGAGUGGGUCCUC